GCUAUGGUUAGAGGUGAACUUAACAGUCUCCAAAGAGCUGUGCUAGGUGCUCUUAUAACUAUUGACGUCCAUGCAAGAGACAUAAUAACAUCAAUGGUAAAAAAUAAAAUUAAUAGUGAUUCCAAUUUUGAGUGGUUAAAACAACUACGAUACUAUUGGGAUGAAAUUAAUAGCUGUGUAGCACAAAUGGCAAAUGCCCGUUGGUUGUACGCUUAUGAAUAUUUAGGCUGUUCUCCUCGAUUAGUCAUAACUCCUUUAACAGAUAAAUGCUAUUUAUGUCUGAUGGGUGCACUACAGCUUAAUCUUGGAGGAGCGCCAGCAGGUCCUGCUGGAACAGGGAAAACUGAAACUACAAAAGAUUUAGCUAAGGCUAUGGCAACUCAGUGUGUUGUAUUUAACUGUUCUGAUGGUUUAGAUUAUAAAAUGAUGGGAAAAUUUUUUGCUGGAUUAGCACAGUCCGGAGCUUGGUGCUGUUUUGAUGAAUUUAAUCGUAUAGAUAUUGAAGUACUUUCUGUAAUUGCCCAACAGCUAAUAACUAUAAUGAAUGCUAAAAUUAUGAAUGUUAAAAGAUUUAUUUUUGAGGGGAGAGAAAUAAAACUUAUCAAAACUUGUGCAGCUUUUAUUACGAUGAAUCCUGGUUAUGCUGGUCGUACAGAACUCCCAGAUAAUUUACAAGCUUUAUUUCGACCCAUGGCAAUGAUGGUACCUGAUUAUGGCCUUAUAGCUGAAGUAAUUUUGUACUCUGAAGGUUUUGAAUCUUCAAAGUUAUUAGCCAAAAAAAUGGUUAAUAUGUACAAACUAUGCAGCGAACAAUUGUCUAUACAAGAUCAUUAUGAUUUUGGAAUGAGAGCUGUUAAAAGCGUACUAGUAAUGGCUGGUUCAUUGAAACGGAAAAAUCCAACAAUAAAUGAAAAUUUAGUAUUAAUUAGAGCUUUGAGAGAUAGCAAUUUACCAAAAUUUCUUAAAGAUGAUGUAGUUCUGUUUCAAGGUAUUUUAAAUGAUUUAUUUCCUGGUGUCAUUUUACCUGAACAAGAUUAUGGUUUAUUUCUAUCUACUGUUAAGAGUAUCAUGGAAACUGAUGGACUUCAAGUUGAAGAAUGUAUAUUUAUAAAAGUCAUACAAUUAUUAGAAACUAUAAUUGUCAGGCACGGUAUUAUGACCGUAGGACCUACUGGAGGAGGAAAAACUACUAUUUUAAAUAUUCUUAGUAAAACUUUGACUCGUUUAUACAAAGAAAAUGUAGAUGGACCAUAUUAUAAAUCUGUAAACAUAUAUACAUUAAAUCCAAAAGCCAUAAGUAUGGGCGAACUCUACGGUGAAGUAAAUUUACUUACAAUGGAAUGGUCUGAUGGUUUACUUGGUAAAUUUGUUAGAAACGCAGUUCAAGUAAAUAAUGAAGAAUUUCAAUUUAUUGUUUGUGAUGGUCCAGUUGAUGCAGUGUGGAUUGAAAAUUUAAAUACAGUCCUAGAUGAUAACAAAAUGCUAUGUCUGGCAAACUCGGAGCGCAUUAAGUUGACUUCGUGGGUAAGAAUGAUUUUUGAAGUUGGAGAUUUGUCUCAAGCAUCUCCAGCUACAGUUAGUCGAUGUGGAAUGGUUUUUGUAGAUCCUGCUGAGCUAGGGUGGCUUCCAUAUGUACGAUCAUGGAUAAUACAAUUGAAUAGUGAUGUUAUCAACAGUAACCCGGAGUAUAAAACUUAUGUUUUGACAUUAAUAGAAACUUACGUCGGUAAUGGGUUUUCAUUUAUAGAUAAAAACUGCUUUUCUCCAAUUAAACAAGCAAAAAUUAGCAAAGCUGUUAUGAUGUGCACAAUUCUCGAAUCACUUUUAGUUGAUCCUCAAGGAAUAAAUAAAAUAAUGGAUAGUUCUAAAGUACGGAAAUUUAUUUGUCAAUGUAUGAUUUUCUCUUAUAUUUGGGCCCUAGGAUCAAAUUUGAUUGAUUCAUCACAAAGUUUAUUCGAAACUUUUGUCUUUAAUCAAUUUGAAGAAAACUUUAAUGCAGCUAUUCCCCCUGGAACUGAAUUAUGUAACGUAUACUUAAGUAUGGAAAAAAAACAAUUCGAAAGCUGGACUGAAAUUGUCCCUGGAUUUUCCUAUAAUACAGAAAAGCCAUAUUUUGAAUUGUUUGUUCCAACUGUAGACAGUGUGAAAUACUCAUAUGUAAGUCAGAGAUUAGUUCAAAUGAGCCAACCUAUUAUGCUAUGUGGAGUAACAGGUGUAGGCAAAACAUCUAUUGCUAACUUUGUUAUGAACAAUUUAGUAAAAACGGGAAACUGGAUUGCUGGAAUGAUAAAUUUUUCUGCACAAACUAAUAGUUUUAGAACACAAGAAAUAUUAGAAUCAAAAUUAGAAAAGAAAAAAAGAACAAUUUUUGGUGCUCCUGGUAAUAAACGUAUAUCAUUGUUUAUUGAUGAUGUGAAUAUGCCAAAACCAGAAAUUUACGGCGCACAACCUCCAAUUGAGUUACUUAGACAAAUUUUAGACUUUGGUGGAUUGUAUGACAGAGAAAAACUCUUUUGGAAACAAAUAGAAAAUGUCAUUUUAUGUUCAAUAUGCGCCCCUCCUGGUGGCGGGCGAAAUCCAUUAACGCCCAGAUUCACUAGACAUUUCUCUAUGAUGUAUAUACCUAUUACCAGUGAAAAAUCAAUGAAAACUAUAUUUAAAUCCAUAUUAGAUGGAUUUUUUGAAGAAUUUCCAUCCAUUAUAGCAAACACAAGUAGUUCGUUAGUUCAAGCAAGUGUUGAUGUUUAUAUACGUAUUACAGAAGAUCUUUUACCUACACCUGCAAAAUCACAUUAUAUUUUUAACUUGAGAGAUUUAUCAAAAACUAUACAAGGUAUUCUACAGACCGACUUUGUUUCUAUUCCAGAUGUUACUCGAUUAUAUAGGUUAUGGUACCAUGAAACAAUGCGCAUAUAUCAUGAUCGUUUAGUUUGUCUAGAGGAUAAGUCAUAUUUUCACAAGCUCUUGCAAUCAAUUUCUACUCGUUAUUUAGGGGGAUCAAUUUUAGAAUUUUCACAAUCUGAUGAAAAUUUAUCAAGACCUCCUAUGUUACUAUUUGGAGAUUUCAUGAAUCCAGUACCUAAGGAAUUUCGGAUUUAUGAAGAAAUAACUAACAUAGAUAAAUUGAAAUCUGUACUAUUAGAAAGUUUAUUAGAUUACAAUAUGGUUUAUAAUAAAGAUUUGCAACUUAUUUUUUUUAUGGAUGCUAUUGAACAUAUUACACGUAUUGCUAGAAUACUAAGGUCAGAGAGAGGAAAUGCAUUACUAGUAGGAAUUAAUGGCAUGGGUAAACAAUCAUUAACGAAAUUAGCGUCACAUUUAAACGACUACAAAUGUUUUCAAAUAGAACUUACAAAUUCAUAUGAUUAUUCGUCGUUUCACGAAGACUUAGUUAAUUUGUAUCAUAGAGCAGGAGUAAAUUUUGAAGAUACAACAUUUUUGCUCACUGAUAGCCAAAUUGUCCAAGAAGAAUUUUUAGAGGAUAUAAAUAAUAUUUUAAGCUCAGGUGAAGUACCGAAUUUGUUUAAGCAAGAUGAUUUAGAAAAAGUAAUCAUUGCAUGUCGACAACCAGCAAUUGAAGUUGGAGUUAUCGACAGUCGUGAUGCUAUUUUCAUUUAUUUUAUACAAAGAGUACGAUUAAAACUUCACUUGGUUAUUUCAAUGAGUCCAGUCGGCGAUGCAUUUAGAAGAAGAUGCCGUUUGUUUCCUUCUUUAGUAAAUAAUUCUACAAUAGAUUGGUUUGAUGACUGGCCAAAUGAAGCUUUGAUAUCUGUAGCUAAAAAGAGUUUAGAUCAAUAUUCGGACCCAGAUAAUCCUAAUUUAGUUAAUGAUUUAUCAAAUUUGUGCAAUUACAUGCAUGAUAUUGUUACUAAUAGAACAAAGCGUUUUUUCGAGCAAAUGAGAAGGCAUUACUAUGUAACACCUAGAAGUUAUUUAGAACUAUUAAAACUCUUUAAGAAAAUGCAUAGUUUAGAAACUAAGAAAAUUAAAAGUGAUUCCGAUAGAUUUGCUAACGGUUUGCAUAAGCUAUAUGAAACAUUUGACAUGGUUGGUCAUAUGAAAAAUAGACUUAAGACAAUGGCUCCAGAAUUAUUAGAAAAGAAUCAAGCCAUGAAAAAAAUAAUGGAUAAUCUUACAAAAGAAAAAAUAAGUGUAGAUGCGGUGCAAAAAGUAGUUUUUACAGAAGAAGCUGCUGCGAAAAUAAAAGCUAAGUCAGCUAAAGAGAUUGCUAUAGAUGCACAGAAAGAUUUAGAAGCUGCAAUGCCAGCAUUAGAAGCAGCAAAAAAAGCACUAGAGUCAUUAAACAAAAGUGAUAUAAAUGAGCUUAGAGUUUUUAACAAGCCCCCUAAAUUAGUUCAAGUUGUAAUGGAAGCUGUAUGUUUGUUACUCAAUCAAAAAACUAAUUGGGCGAACGCAAAAGUAUUAUUAGGAGACAGUAAUUUUUUAAAAAAAUUGCAAGAGUAUGAUAUAAAUAAUAUUUCUGAUUAUAUGAUUAAGCAAAUCUCUCCAUAUAUUUUAAAUCCAGAUUUCACUCCCGAAAAAGUUGCGACGCAAUCAAAAGUUGCAAAAUCAAUGUGUAUGUGGGUUCGAGCUGUUCACAGUUAUACAUUAGUAUAUCAGAUUGUUGAACCAAAAAAAAUUAAGCAAAGAAUUGCUGAGGAUGAGCUCAUUGAAGUCAUGAAAGAAUUGGAGAUAAAACAAAAAAUGCUAGCAGAUGUUGAAGAACGGUUACAGAAACUUGAAGAAGUAUACGAACAAAAUAUUAUCGAACGAAAUAAACUUGAAUCAAAUAUAAAUAGAACACAGUUACGUUUAAAACGAGCUAAUUUACUGGUGAUUGCUUUAAAGGACGAACAACGAAGAUGGGAAAAGAACAUUAAGAUAUUUGGUCAACGUUUACUUACCGUUACUGGAGAUAUAAUUAUCGCUGCUGGUAUUAUAACAUAUCUUGGACCAUUUACGGAUGAAUAUAGAAAAGAAAUUACCUUAACUUGGCUUCAGAAAAUUGCUGAUUACAAAAUAUUUUAUACACCAAAUUAUGCAUUAAGUUCAGUUUUGAUUGAUUCUUUUGAGCAACGUUCUUGGAACAUUUGUGGUCUUCCCAGAGAUUCUGUAUCUACUGAUAAUGCUAUUAUCGUUACUCGAUCAAGCCGUUGGUCUUUGAUGAUUGAUCCUCAAGAACAAGCAAAUAGAUGGAUCAAGGCGCUUGAAGCAACUAAUAAACUAAAAGUAUGUAAAUCGACUGAUCCUGGGUUACUUGAUGUUAUUGUUGGAGCUAUACGAGUAGGGUAUCCAAUAUUAAUAGAAGGUAUUGAAGAGCACGUUGAUCCAACUUUAAGACCUAUUUUGGAAAACGAUACAUUUAUUCAAGGUGGUCGCACUUUGAUACGAAUUAGAAACACAGACAUUGAAUACAGUUCAGAUUUUAGAUUUUAUAUGACUACUAAAAUGUCUAAUCCACAUUAUUUACCAGAAAUAUGCAUCCAAGUAACUUUAGUUAAUUUUACAGUCACGCCAUUAGGUUUAGAAGAUCAAUUAUUAGUAGAAAUUGUAAGACUAGAAAGACCAGAAUUAGAAGAAAAACGUACUGAAACAAUAGUAAGUAUCAAUAAUGAUAACAAUUUAUUGAAAGAAAUGGAAGACAAAACUUUAAGAAUGUUGUACACUACAAAGGGUAACAUUCUUGAUGAUGAAGAGCUUAUAGAAACUUUAAAUAACAGCAAGGAAACUUCAAUCAUUAUAGCUUCUCGGCUUAUUGAUGCGAAAGAAACAGAUAAUAGUAUAAGUGCAGCAAGAGAAAAAUACAGACCUAUAGCAAAACGAGGAUCGUGCCUUUAUUUUGUCGUAGCUCAGUUGUCUGAAAUAGAUUCAAUGUAUCAGUUUUCUUUAAAUUAUUUUAUCUCAAUAUUUUGUAAUGUUAUAAAAAAUAGUAAUAAAUCUAUGAGAGUUGAAUUAAAAUUACCUAUAAUGAUAGAUGAAAUCACAAAGGCUAUUUACAUAAAUGUAUCCAAAGGAUUGUUUGAACGUCACAAACUUGUAUUUAGUUUCUUAAUCAGCGUAAAUAUUGACUUACAAGUAGGAAAAAUUACUACCAACAAGUGGGAAUUCCUAUUAAGAGGUCCUGUUGGUACAAAAAAUGAAAGUUCUAUACAAAAACCAAACGUAACAGCAUUGUCAGAAAAAGUGUGGCAAACAAUACUAUAUUUAUCAGAUAAUUUUCCUAAAUUCAAAAAACUCCCAGAAAAUUUUAUCGGUCCUAUUCAUAUAAAAAUCGGCGAAUAUGAAGAAAUAUUACAAUUAGAUAAUAAUAUCAAUGAAUUAAUUAUCGAUUGGGAUUCUUUAUUAUUUCCUUUUGAAAAACUUAUGCUUAUCAAAGCUCUAAAGGAAGAAAAACUUAUAUUUGCGAUAACUAAUUAUAUCAGUAGUGAACUUGGUAAAACGUUUAUUGAAAGCCCUGCUGUUUCAUUUCAAUUACUAUAUAAUGAUACAACGUCGUCAAUACCAUUAGUAUUUAUUUUAAGUCCUGGCUCAGAUCCUUUUAACGCAUUUCAAAAGUUUGCAAUUGAAUUUGGAGUUGGAGAUCAUUUUCACUCAAUAUCAUUAGGACAAGGUCAAGGUCCUAUUGCCGAAAAAUUAAUAUUAGAUGGAAAAGAACAAGGAAAUUGGAUAUUUCUACAAAACUGUCAUUUAGCACUAUCAUGGAUGUUACGUUUAGAGACUAUAGUUCAAGAAAUCAUUGAAAAUCCAUCAACUGCUAGAUCAGAUUUUCGAUUGUUCAUAAGUUCUAUGCCUUCAAAAACUUUUCCGGCUUAUGUACUACAAAAUUCUUUAAAAGUCACCAAUGAGCCGCCUAAAGGAUUAAAAGCAAAUAUGAAAAGAUCAUUUUUUGAUAUGAAUGUAGAAUUUUUUGAAAAAAAUGCUUUUGGCCCAGACUGGAGAAAAAUGGUUUUUGGUUUGUGUUUUUUCCAUUCAAUUAUACUAGAAAGAAGAAAAUUCGGUCCCCUUGGAUGGAAUAUAUUAUAUGCUUUUACUGAUAGUGAUCGAGAAUGUGCAAUGAAUAUGUUAGAAAUAUACUGUUUAUCUACCGAUGUUAUACCUUGGAGUGCUUUAACGUAUAUUACUGCAGAAAUUACAUAUGGUGGUAGAGUAACUGACAUUUGGGAUCAACGAACUUUAAAAAACGUUUUACAUACAUAUUUUGGUCCUCAUAUAAUGGAUCAAAAUUAUAAGUAUUCAAAAUCCGGUAUUUAUUACUGUCCAGAAUCACCAAAUUGUACAACAAUAGAAGAAUAUAAAUUAUUCAUUGAUCAGUUACCAGUUAUUGAAGGACCAGAAGUUUUUGGAAUGCAUGACAAUGCUAAUAGUGCUUUUCAAAAUAAUGAAACGCAAAGUUUAUUGUAUACGAUCAUAGAAGGAUAUCAAAAGUCAUCGGGAGGUUCUCCUGACAAAUCUGCUGAUGAAAUAGUAGGAAAAAUGGCUGACGACAUAUCAGAGAAACUAUUAGCUUCAAUAAAUGUUCAGCAGGCCAGUAAUUCAAUUAUGAAAUUAGAUGAUAAAGGUAGAUUACCGUCACUGUCUACGGUUUUGUUUCAAGAAGUUAGCCGAUUUAAUGUACUGCUAGAUAUUAUUCAUGUUUCAUUAAAUAAUCUACGAAAAGCAAUUAAAGGUAUAAUUGUUAUGUCUUCAGAAUUAGAAAGUGUCUAUACGUCAUUUUUAAGUAAUACAAUGCCGAAAAUAUGGUUGAAAGGAGCAUAUCCUUCAUUAAAAUCAUUAGGUAGUUGGGUGAAAGAUUUGAUAAUGAGAUUAGAUUUUAUUAACAUAUGGCUCAAAUUUGGUAGUCCUGUUUCGUAUUGGAUAUCUGGUUUAUACUUCCCUCAAGGUUUUAUGACGGGUUGCCUACAAAGACACUCUAGGAAAUACAGCAUACCAAUAGAUAGUUUAAAAAUCGAUUUUGAAUUGAGUAACACAGUUUUGAUACAAGAUGAAGUUUCAGCAGCCCAAAUAUUGACUUUAAAAGAUCACCAAUUAUACAAAGACUUAAAAAUAAUUGAAGAUGGUAUAUAUAUUCAUGGUUUAUUUUUAGAUUCCGGUCGAAUCGAUCUUGAUACAAAACUGUUGGUAGAUCCUAAUCCAGGUGAACUCCAUCCUCCUCUUCCUGUAAUGCGACUCGUACCUACAUUGGAUUUAGAUGAAACAUCAUUACGCUAUCAUUGUCCUCUUUAUAAAACUGCUAUACGAGCUGGUGUUCUUUCGACAACAGGACACAGUACCAAUUUUGUUGUGGCCGUUUUACUCCCAACUGAAUAUCCCGAAAAUUAUUGGAUAUUGAAAGGAACAGCACUUAUUACUCAAGUCACCAAUUAAAUAAUUAUUUUCAAUAUCUAUUCCUCAUUUUACGUAAUUUAUUUUACUUUAGUUAUAAUUGUUAUUAAUUACUUGUUUAUUAUUUUUAUAAUUUUAUACGAAUUUAGUAUAAUUUAAUAUUUAAUAAAAUUAUUAC